AUUUGCGACCGCAAACUUCUCAGGGGAAUAAAUGACAAUAUUCAAACGGUUCAAAUCAGAUCUGACCGAAAACUUUUCCUUCUUUAAAGUCAAAAGUUUUGCUCUCACUGGAGAAAAGUUUGGCGAGACAGUUUCUAAAUUUGCUUAUGAUAUUUGUACAGAUUUCUGACCGUAUAAUGUGCUGUUAAUGCUUAGAAAUAAACUGUGUUACUUUCUAAAUAAUAUAAAAUAUCAGUAGCCAAAUAUCCUAUACAUGCCAACUUUAUUAAUGCAAACCUAUUUUCUUGAAUUCAAUAGGCUAGAAGACCUGAAUCCUCAACUGAACCAAAAAGGAUUCCUCUCUCUGUAACACCUAACAUGUAUUUAUUUAAUUGGUCAAAAUCAACAACCUUGGCACACUAAUUUUCUUUUCAUUGUUGAAAUAAUUGUCAUGGACUGUCACCCCUUAGUUUUGUUUCCAUUAGGUUUCUUUUUAAAAACAUAUUUAUAUCAUAAUUUAUUGUGAUCUUACAGCUACAGACGAUGAAACAGUAACCCCAAAACAACAUGGGGAAUAAAUAUAAUACUGUCACUGUUACACUGUAUUUGCAUCAUCUGGACUCAGCCACUGUAAUAAUGUCCCAUCACUAACGAAGUCUUUGUGUGAGUGUUGAUAGGUCGUGUGUGGACCAUAGCAAUCCUGCAGUCUGAUCCUCCUGAGCUCAUCUUAUCCAUGCUCCCUCUCAGUGUCUCGUGCUGCCUGUGACUCGCUCACGGCGGCCUCUCAUUGGCUGCUGUCGGCGGACGCCGGAGCGGGUCGCUCUCCUCGGUGCUGAAAUCGCUGCUCGUCGUGAUAAUGUGGAACGGCGAUGAGGCCAAACGGAGCGUCGGCCAAUAGACACCAAAAUGGACGAUGAUCUGUUCCAACUGAGACAGCUGCCUGUUGUCCGCUUCCGUCGCACAGGGGAGAGCACACGCUCAGAGGAUGAUGGCGAGAAUAGAGAACAGGUUGUCAGGAUUGCAGAGCAGACUGAUCUGGAGUCUGUGGCGCUUGCGGAUGGAGCUCCAGUGCCUCGGGAGUUUGCCAAUCCAACUGAUGACACAUUCAUGGUAGAAGAUGCCGUAGAGGCCAUAGGCUUUGGGACAUUUCAGUGGAAACUCUCCAUCCUCACUGGUCUGUCCUGGAUGGCUGAUGCCAUGGAGAUGAUGAUCCUUAGCAUCUUAGCGCCACAGCUACACUGUGAAUGGAGACUGCCCAGCCUCGAGGUGGCACUGCUUACAUCGGCCGUGUUUAUUGGGAUGAUGAUCAGCUCCUCUCUAUGGGGAAACAUAUCCGACAAAUACGGCAGAAAGACAGGUCUGAAGAUGAGCGUGCUGUGGACCAUGUUCUACGGCCUGAUGAGUGCAUUUGCACCUAUUUAUGGGUGGAUCCUCGUCCUCCGAGCGCUGGUGGGCUUCGGUAUUGGAGGAGCCCCACAGUCGGUGACACUGUAUGCUGAAUUUCUGCCCAUGAAGUCUAGAGCCACAUGCAUCUUGCUGAUUGAGAUAUUUUGGGCUCUGGGCACUGUGUUCGAGGUCCUCUUGGCGAUCCUGGUGAUGCCCACUCUGGGCUGGCGCUGGCUGCUUGGCCUCUCCACCAUUCCUCUCUUCAUCUUUGCCUUCCUGUGUUUUUGGCUACCAGAGAGCGCUCGAUAUGAUGUGCUGACAGGGAAUCAGGAAAAAGCUCUGGCCACGCUGAAGCGCAUCGCCACGGAGAACGGAGCGCCCAUGCCGCUGGGAAAACUUAUCGCUGCCAGACAGGAGGAUCGUGGGAAGAUUCAAGACUUAUUUUCAUCACACUUUCGCUGCACCACGGUUCUGCUGUGGUUUAUUUGGUUUGCAAACGCCUUCUCCUACUAUGGACUGGUGCUCCUGACCACAGAGCUGUUUCAGGAGGGAGGCGCAUGCGGAAUGUCCAAAGGUAAUAAGAUGGAGCUCCGCUGCAGCUUGGAGUGUAAAUAUCUAAACUCUGACGACUACAAAGACCUACUGUGGACGACGUUAUCUGAAUUCCCAGGACUGCUGGUGACACUGUGGGCUAUUGAUCGACUGGGAAGGAGGAAGACCAUGGCAUUGUGUUUCCUCGUCUUCUCUCUGUGCAUCAUUCCACUCUAUGGUUGUGUUGGGAGAGCGUCCAUGACAGUAUUAAUAUUCAUCGCCAGAGCUUUUAUUGCAGGGGGGUUCCAGGCUGCUUAUGUGUACACUCCAGAGGUGUACCCAACAGCGACCAGAGCUUUAGGUCUGGGAACAAGCAGUGGAAUGGCCAGAGUUGGCGCCCUCAUUACACCUUUUGUUGCACAGGUGAUGUUGGAGUCCUCGGUAUACCUAGCUCUCUCAGUGUACUGCUGCUGCUGCCUCCUGGCAGCCGUCGCCUCCUGCGCGCUGCCAAUUGAGACGACUGGCCGGGGCCUGCAAGAGUCCAGCCACCGUGAGUGGGGCCAGGAGAUGAUGGGCCGGGCCUCCUCCCACAGCUCGGGAGGAAUCCCUCAUUCUAGCUCCGGCUCCCAGGGUUGAGGACGACGCCGGCCGAGGGUGGGGGGAGGGAGGGCGAGCACAGUGGAGAAAAUAGGCGAGGAGAGGCAAGAAAGCUAAACUGGCUUUCUGUGUCCAUCUCCAGUCCCACCCUAUGACUCUUCAGUUUAGACACCACAGUGGCUUCAGAGAGCCAGGCAGCACAAUAUUUUUACAUGUCACUGUACUUGUAGUCGUCAACCACCAUCGCUGUCACAAUUUUGCCACUGUGUAAGUGCACACAGGGUGACUGGAAAGACCAAAAUGACCUACAAGAGUGCAAGAACAAAAUGGUGGACACAGUGGGAAAAUGAGAAUUCAAAUACUUAAAAGUAUGUGAAUCCUGCUUUGCUAUUGGGAAAGACGCACAGGGGAAAUAGAGACGGCUGAAGUGUUAGAAGUUCUUCUUUUCAAAGAGCCUUAAAACUACCUAUUCAGUUUGUGGUUGAGAGACCUGCUCUCAACCUUAUGAAAAAGCUGCUUCUAUUCACAUACUGGAUAUAGAUGCGUAGAUAAGAGAGAACAAUAUCUUGUGCACACAAAUUGCCUGUUAAAAAUACACUAAUUACAAACUCAGCUUUAUUAAAACUGCUUCGCAGGAGCGAGUUCCACAUCAUAAAAUUAACAGACCAUUCGAUUAAACAAAGUCUGGAGUUAUUUAAGAUUCACUUCGGUCCAGGCAUACAGUCACUGACUUUCUUUCAUACAUUUAAAUGCUUUGAUAAAUUAUUCAAGUAUUAUUUCUCAUUUUGACAUGGACGAUAUUUGUUCUCUGAGGAAAAGGCAGUUAUUACUCUAGUAAUGAAAACACCACCUCAUGUCUUGAUCAUUAUGUGGCCAUUUAUUUAUAACAAGCUGUCAAAUCCGCCAAAGUCGUCAUCAGCUGACAAUAUCUCAUAAUCAUAGCAUAAAAGGAGCAAAUCCACAGAUCCUGGCUUGCAUUUGAAGACAGCAUUACGUAAGUUAAUGUUAAAGUAUUAGGGAAUUUAAAUCUGAAUAUUAUCACCACCCAAACCUGACUCAGCCCAAGUUAAAAAAUGAUUUUAAAUGAUUUGAUUUAAAAAAAUGAAAAACAUUAACACGAGUAUACAGUGUUAUUAUCUAUAAACCAUGCUAUGUCUCUUGCUCUACUUUACCAGACUUUCAUACUGUGUUCAUGUAAGACCUACACAUGCAUAUUCAAUCAUUUAGUGGGAUGUUACUUUCUGUCUCUCUGUAAAUAAUGUAUCGAUCCCUGGUUUAGUUGUUGUCUUUGCUUUUGUUUGUAACAAAGGUGAUGUGGAGACAGACUUUGCCCAGUCUGCUUCGACGAGCAACACGCUGAGAAAAGUUUUGUUUGCAAAAAAGAAAAGAAAAAAAGAUUAAAACUAGCACAGGUCCACCAAGCUGACUCUUACCUGCCAGUGUUUGAGAUUUAGUGCUGCGUUAAGUGUCUGUGUGCACAGAUUCUUGUCAAUGCACUGGAUGUAAAUGUGUAUGAUACUAUAGUAAAUAAUCUUUCCAAAAGA